CAAACAGAGCAACAACACAAAUCUUGAAGAUAAUUAAGAAUCAAUUACUAAAAGGAUGAGGCCAAUUACCUUUCUCGUCGCUAUGACCACUGUUGCUGUCAUCUUGUCUACCACCAAUGCGACAUUUGGUGGAUGGGAAUGGGAGCCGAUAAAGAACUUGAAGGAUGAGCAUGUCAAAGAGAUUGCCGAGUACGCAGUGGAGGCUUACAAUAUGAUAUCUAAUUCUUUCCCGAUACAACUCGUGAAAGUCGAGAAAGGAAAAAUCCGAUAUGCCGGUGGCACGAACUACAAGCUCGUCGUGGCGGCGGUUGUACCGGAAACGGGGAACAUGGUAAAACUAUACGAAACCGUUGUCCAUGAGAAUAUUUUUUAUGGAAAGAAAGUUGUAUAUUUCAGACAGUUGAUCAAAUCAGCACCGACCCCUAAAACUUAGUAGCUUUUAUUUUGAAGUUUGUUAAAUAAAAUUAUGAAUAAUAGAUAGCCAAAAGCUUAUGGAAGUAUACAUUUGCCUCCCUUGCAGUUACAUUCGUAGUUUUUAUUCUAGUGAUUGGUAUAGUACAACUAUUGACUUCUUUCUCCUUUUGCAUUCAUUUGAUCAUUGAUAUUUAGGACAUGCAAAAUGGUAAUGACAGUGAAAUCCCUUUCAUCGUCGAAUCAUGUGUUCCAAUGUUUAAAACUCUCAAUAUUAACUGUUGAUUAACCCACAUGUUAUAAUGGACCUAUGCAAACUUCAAAUAUGUGAAUCCAUUUCGUUUGAAAGGACAUAUAAGAAAGUGAUAUCUAAUUC